AUUAGUUUAUAUACCGAGUAUAUGACUGCAGCAACUGCUAUUUUUGGUCUUAGAAUCCAAGAACUGAGGUUUGGUUCUGCUAUUAAGCAUACUGGCAGAGACACAAUGGUUCCAAAGAGAUUGCUUAAGAAAACUACAACGAACUCUGCUGGGUAUAUCUUCAUUACUUGUGGCUGCGAAGUGGUUAAAAAUAGGGAGAAACCUGAAAAUGAUGGCAAGUAUGAAGGUAAAAGCUGGUAUGAGGUUUCUGAUGGCAGAAGCAAGAGUUGGAGAGCAUUCAACUGCAACCAUGGCUGCAAAUGGCAGCACUUCCCUGUAUCAGUCCCUCCUUGCCAUGGUUGUUUCUCAAGCUAACUUUCCCUGGUAGUCAAUCUAAAAAUGUUAGAAGAAUGCCAUUUUCUCGUGCAUCAGAUUACUAUAUAGGAGAAAAAAACUACCAUGGCCCACUAUCGGGUCCUAUUUGAAUGUGCAUCAGAUUAAUAGUGUUCCUUAGCGUGUUCUAUCAGGUCCUAUUGCUGAAAAAAAAAAGAAAAAAGAAGAGGAUAAACGCCUCAAGCCUGCUUUGUUUUAAUAGUUUUAAGGGAAAAAAUUAAAAUAAAUUUAAUUUUUUUUA